UCUGUACUCGCCACAUCUCAAACUCAAUUCAAGCCUCCACCACCCUGAAACAAACCGUCAUCUCUUCGCCAACCUUGCUGGCGUUGCAGUCGUUGCUGCUGCCGUUCCCGUCUCCCUCGCUGCCGUUGUCGCCCUAGCUGCAGUCGCCUCCACCCUUGCCGCCGUCGUUGUCGCUGCUGCCGUCUUCUCAGGGGAACUGGACUUGCUGUAGUGCAAACAGUGAAAGCUUUGCGAAAGAAGAGAGACAGUAAUCUUUAAGAAUGGGCAAGUCAAGGAAAGAUUCUUUGACUAAAUCGGAUAGCAAGUUUGAGAAGAAGGUGCAGUUUUAUACGAAGGUUAGAGAUACAAUUGCAAGUUUGAAUGCCCAAAAGUCCAUUACUAAGAAAAAGAAACUUCGAAGCCGAGAGAAGAAACUGAAAGCAUAUGAUCUGUCUUCACUUACAGAGUUUCUUCCCGAGUUGAGGUCUCCACAACAACCAACUACUGCAGCUGAGUUAAAACUGAAUUGUAAAUCUAGACAAAAAUUAAUAUUGAAAGAAGGAAAACAAUUGAGUGCUGUUCUUAACCAUCCUGCUUUCCGAUCAGAUCCUUUGGGAGCCAUCCAUCACCACUUGCAGAGCACACAGCCUGUUAUGGAUGAGAAAGCUAAGAAAAAGUCGAAUAAAAAUGGAUCGAAGAAAGUGAAGGGGAGAAAAUCUAAAGUGUCCAGUGGACCUUUGACUAUGGAGUACUAAAGUGUGAAUUUAUAUCCAGAGACCCUCAAGUGCAGAAAACCGAUAAUAAAGAGAAGCAGAAGUUUGUUAUCUUCAUGUCUUGAGCUCUUAAUUCUCAAAUGGGUGAGGAAGUAUUAACACAGAAACAUGUACUUAUGCAAAGUUGCUAAUGUGGAAGUCAUGGAUUGUUAUCUUUAAUGGUUGAAUGGUAUUGUUAUCAAUAAAAAGAACUCUCUUAAUUUUGAGUUAUGUUUAUAAGAA